AUGGCUCCAUUCGGCUCGCUCUUCCUGCUCCCCUUCCUCUUUGUCUCUAUCUUUGCCUUGGAUCGUUGCUUCUUCCCGAACGGCAAUGUAGCAAGGUCCGCUGCCAGUUGUUGGGACACAACAAGAAGACAGACAGUUCUCUGUUGCGAAAUCGGCGACUUGUGUCUCUCGAACCAAAUCUGCGCCGCCACCAACGACCCAAGCAAAGAGUUUCGUUACUAUCGCGGAGCUUGCCUCAACUCGACUUGGACGGACCCGGGAUGCCCGAACAUGUGUCGUGUACCCGAUCGCGACGACAAAAUGGUUCCGAUACAUCGGUGCCGCGGCGGCAAGUCGGGCAACAAGUGGUACUGUGGAGACAAAUAUCGUCCAUCUGACGAAGACUGCAAGGAAAUUGAUGGCGACGUCGAGUUACCUGCUGGCGUUGUUGCAUAUGCCACAGCGGGCAUCACGCCGGACCCGAUACCUACGAGCUCAGUUGAAGAAAGCCCAACGGCGUCGGGAGAUGCUACCAAUACCAUACAACCCGCACUAGGACAACCCGAGACAACACCGGGACCAGCCAUAUCAGACCCUCAAACGACGACUGGGGGGCCUGAGGUGGAUGUUCCAACAGCAGCCCCGUCCGACUCACCGCAAGACAGCGGCGAAGCCAGUUCGGCCGUCCCAGUUGCAGUCGGAGUCGCCGUCGGAACCUCCAUCCUGAUCGCCGGUAGUGUCCUCGUCUUCUUCUACCAGCGUAAGCGGCGCCGUCAGGCACCAGUGCGUGCCGAGACGCCGCCCCCGUUCGAGUUCUCCUUCAUCAACAGCCAGGCACCUGGCUGGCUGGGGCCGUCGUACGGGCCCAAGCCACCUGUGCCGCAGCCCGAUGACAAGACGCACGACAAGAACAAGCCUACACCAAAUACCGGAGGCACUGCGCAGCAGGAACUGCCUUGA